AUGCUGCAAUCCAGGGCGUUGGUGAUAGCUCUGAUUCUGCUCCUUAGCACCACUCUCCCCGAAGUGCACUCAAAGUCCAUCUUUGAGAAAGAUCGUCGUGACUGGUUGGUCAUCCCUGACGCAAUUGCAGCUUACAUCUAUGAAACGGUGAACAAGAUGUCCCCUAGGGUCGGUCAGUUCCUGGUGGAUGCUGCCCAGACUCCAGCAGUUGUUGUGACCAGGAACUUCCUCAUCAGAGAAACAACUAAACUCAGUAUACUGGCUGAACAGCUGAUGGAAAAAAUAAAGAACCUGUGGUACACAAGAAUCCUAGGCUACUAGCCAGAAGAAGAAAAGUCCGUGUUUCCUGGAGUGAGUUGGUAGCACCCUGCAGUGUUCUCUUUCCCCCUGCCCCUACUAUGGACCGAGAUCAGUCAAUAAGACAGAAUCGAUGCUCCUCUUCAUGCCACUAGAAGGAACCCAGCUUCAAAGACCAAAGGAUG